AUAUGCCUCCCACUUGCUUCCCACUUUUUCUUUCCCUGAAGCCCAGGCCAGAUUGCAACAUCAUUGGCGUAAGCUUUGUCUUGCCACCCAACAAGAAAUGUGUGACACUCUGGGCUCCGGCCUGAUUCUGCUUGAUUUUUUCCCUUGACUUUGGCAUUUUCACUUUGAUGUCUUCCCAGAGAGGCAGGGGGUGGGGACCCCAGCCCCAGAUGGUGACGUUGGGGGCUGGCCCAGGCCUGGGGUGUGGAGGAACCUGACUACCGGGCUUCCUGUCUCUUCAUUUAACCACGUCUCUGCAGAAGUGACAAGUGCUCUCCCCAGUGGGCUCCUGGUUGCAGAGCUCCCAGACCUCACAUAGGCACACCUGUGUGAGAAGCAGAGGAGAAGAAAGACACAGGCCCAGAGCCUUCCCAGCUCACGGAAACCGCUCCUGCUCCUUCAUCUGAACUCCCAAACAGCAUCUUUCUGCCUGUCUCACUCGGAGGCCUUCUGGGGUUGGUCCGACGACGGCCCUGCCCUUCCUGUGGGGGAGGCUCAGGUUCCCCCCUGCUUCAGCAAGGCCACGAUGGACAGGGGAACCUCUUUUGGGCACCUGCUCCUGCUGCUACAACUAGCGCUGCUUCCAGCAGUCACUCAGGGAAGAGAAGUGGUGCUGGGGAAGGCAGGAGAGACAGUGGAGCUGCCCUGCCAAGGUUCCCAGAAGAAGAAUGUGUUCUUCAACUGGAAGUAUCCUUCCGAGGUCAAGAUUCUGGGAGGUCAGCGCACCUGGUGGGUUAAAGGUAACACCAAGCUGAAAGAUCGCAUUGAAUCAAAAACGACCCUGUGGGACCAAGGGUCCUUUCCUCUGAUCAUCAAGUAUCUUGAAAUAACAGACUCAGGGACUUACAUCUGUGAAGUGGAGGACAAGAAGACAGAGGUGGAAUUGCUGGUGUUCAGAUUGACUGCCAACUCCCACACCCACAGCAGCAUCCGCCUGCUGCUGGGGCAGAACUUGACCCUGACCUUGGAGAGCCCCUCUGGUAGUAACCCUUCUGUGCAAUGGAAGGGUCCCAGGCAUCAAAACACGACUCAGGGGAGCCGCUUCCUGCUCAAGCUGGGGUUGCAGGACAGUGGCACCUGGACGUGCACCGUCUCCAAGGACCAGAAGACACUGGUGUUCAACAUAAACAUCUUGGUGCUGGCUUUCCAGAAAGUCUCUCGCACAGUCUAUGCGAAAGAGGGGACACAGGCGGAGUUCUCCUUCCCGCUUACCUUCGCAGACGAAAACCUGAGCGGGGAGCUGCAGUGGCAGGCAGAGGGGGCUUCCUCCCAGCAGAAAUGGAUCUCCUUCUCCUCGGACAACAGGAAGGUGUCUGUGACAGGUGUUUCCUCACACCUCAAGCUCCAGGUGGAGGAGAUGCUCCCGCUCCGCUUCAAGCUGCUCCAGGCUCUGCCUAAGCAUGCCGGUUCUGGAAAGCUGAGACUAUUUCUUGCCAAGGGCGAGUUGCAACAGGAAGUGAACCUCGUGGUGAUGAGAUUGACUAGGUCCCAGAAUGAUGUGACCUGCCAGGUGCUGGGACCCUCCUCCCCCAAGCUGAUGCUGAGCCUGAAGCUGGAGAACCAGACUGACCAGACUGCAAAGGUUUCAAAUUCGCAGAAGCUGGUAAAGGUGCCGGACCCUGAGACGGGGACAUGGCAGUGUCUACUGAGUGACAAUGGCAAAGUCCUGCUGGAAUCCAAGAUCGAGGUUUUGGCCACAUCGUUCCCCCAAGCCUCGCCAAAGCUCCUGGCCGCCGUGCUGGGGGGUGUCGCAGGCCUCCUGCUUUUCACUGGGUUCUUCAUCUUCUGCUGUGUUAAGUGCUGGCACCGCAGGCUUUUCCCUGUCCCCUCUCCAAGGGGCACCUCCCUUCUGGAGGCCUGGGACCCUCAUGACUCCCUUCCUUCUUCCUGGACAGCGCCAGGCAGAGCGGAUGUCUCAGAUCAAGAGACUCCUCAGUGAGAAGAAGACCUGCCAGUGCCACCACCGGUUCCAGAAGACAGGUAACCUCAUUUGAGGCACUGGCCAGGGGGCGCUCCCCACUUGCAGCCUCUCCAGCCGUCUUCCUUGCGUUUCCUGGACCUGUGAACCAGACAGAUGUAGCAGAUCCCAGUGCCUCUGGCCAUCUCCUGUUCUCCUUGUUCACAGUUGGCCAUCCGUGUUCCUUUUCCAGAGGCUUACUCACACCAUCUCUUCCCAUUUCCUCUUCACUCAAGCCCUAGCCCUUCUUUGAUUAUUUCCUCUCAGCUCUCUCCGUCACUGCCCGCUUGGAUCCCAGGAGAGCAUGUGGGACCAGCCCUGCCUGGCCUGGAGGGUGAGGCUGGGCCUCUGAAGCAUGUAGCACAUGUCAACAUGACAUGUAGGACUGUCAUUUUAAGGGAGAGGACCCUGGAAUCAGAGAGGGCAGGGACCAGCCCAAGAUCACAAUAGCCAGUCGAGGAAUAGCCAGUCGAGGACAGACCCAGAUCCAAAGGCUCCUGACUGCCAGCCUCCACUGCUCCGUUUGGCCUGCUUCUCACCCUGUGUGGGCUGGGCUACAGACUCACACCCCGCCCUGUGCACAAACAGGCACCCCUGGACACGCACCCACGUACACAGCCCAAACUUGUGCACAGACGCAGUUCCUUAUCACCCAAGCAGACUCUCUCAGUUUAUAAACCAGUUUCACAUCCUUUGUCUAUUUGAACCUUAUGCAAAUCCAACAAGGCUGGUAAUGACAAGCCCAAGAUUAGUAUCUCCAGUUUGUAGACCAGAAAUGGAACUGGGAAGGUAAGAUGUGCCCAAGGUCCCACAGCUAGUAAGCGCCAGAGUCAGGACUAGCCCAUGUCUCUUGCCCCCUAAUUCUACUGCUAUUUCUUGAGCACAGGGACAAACACCACAGAGACCUCUGCUGGCUAGUCAUAGAUGCCCAGGGUGUACCUUUGGAUUCACAGGAGCACACCACCACAGGCAGGGCCUGCCUCAGAGAGUUCAGGAACACGGGGGAGGGCCUCCCUGCCUAAGAUCCCUCCUUCAUCACCUCCUGGGGGCAGAAUCUUAUCAGAGGACACAGCCUUCAGUUCUCCUAAUCAGAGCACAGGCUGGGAGUAAGGCCCUGUGGGAGGGAGUGCCCAGUGACCUGCCACUCACCCUGAGCAGAACCUUCUGGAAGGUGAGCUUCCGGAAGGUGGGGGAGAGGGUAGGGAGCUGGCUUGAAAGUGAAACUGUGAGGGACCCUCCUCUGAAAGGUGAUAGUGCUGGGCCUCAGUGCCCUCGCCCUGCACCCUCCUCCAUCUCUCCCCAACACCAUUCAGGACACAGGAACUUGGGGUGACAAGUAUUCUUCCUCCUUCUCUUGGUCCAUUUCUCUCAGGAUCCCAACCUCCUCUGCCUCUCCUUCCUUUCCUUUCUCACCACCUCCCGCUGUCCUGACCCCUUUCAGGCUUCCUUUCUUUCCAGAUUGCCUCUUCCAGGAAGAACAGCCCAUUGCUGCCAGGGCCCCCCACUGCUUGCUUUGUAUUCCUGCCCCCGCCCCACCCCUGCCCCCUGAGCUGACAGAAAAAUACAACAAACUUACUAUAAA